AUGUCCCCACCGGAAGCCCCUAGAGAGUCUCUGGGAAUCGUCCUGAUACACGGAGGAUUCCACCGUCCCUCCUGCUUUGACCUCGCCAAAGCCCGCCUUAAAGAGUCUGGCUUCUCACCCGUCGUUGCCGUCCGGCACCCCAGCGUUGGAUACAACAACAAACUCACGGCAGAGGAUGACGCCCGCAAUAUCCAGGUCGAACUGAAGCCUUACCUAGACCAGGGAAAGGAGUUUCUUGCCAUCGCACACUCCUACGGCGCCGUCCCUGUGAUCAUCGCGGCACGGGGCUACUCAGUGCCCGAAAGAGCUUCCCGUGGCCAGAAAGGCGGUAUUCGCACUAUUGUCUUCAUAGCAGCGAAUGUGCCCCCCAAGGCUGGCGAAAGCGCUCUGAGCGUCCUUCCCCCGGGCGUAGACAUCGUCGAUGUGGCUGAUGGGCUGAUGUCGGCAAAUGCCAAAGCCAAGGCUGCUUUCUACGGCCCCGAUAUGCAAGACGGCAUGGCAGAGAAGUGCAUGGCAGAUUUGCUGCCCCAGUCGCUGGAAGCAUUGGUGGGCCCUACACCUCUCGGUGCGGACACUCUCACUGUCCCAGCUUAUUAUAUCAUUUGCGAGAAAGACCGAACGGUACCUCCCGCUACACAGGAGUAUCUUGCCUCGACUAUCAAAUCCUUGAAGAGGGUGCUUCGGAACCCCGGUGGGCACUCGGCUUUCAUCACGGAGGUUGAGAAGUUUGUCGAGCAAAUCAAUGAGAUUGCAGACGAGGAGGCUGAUACCGCUUGA